CCACUGCCUCUUAAAAGUGAGCUCAUCUGGCACUGGGUUGCAUUGAAGUCCUCCACUGUGCCUGAAGGAAGAAUGCUUUUGGGUGGUGGGAACAUGGAGAAGAUGUGGUCUGUCCAGCUGUCCCUUGGAGUGCUAACCAUCUUGGCCAUGACUGUGUACAUCCCACCUGCACAUGGAGAGCCUUUUUUACUACAAGAGAACCGAGUGCUUCCAGAGAGAGAAGACACAAAUCAUGAGGACGCACUGCUGACUCUGCUUCUUAACAAGAAACUCGCAUGGCGGAGACCAGAAAAUAUUGACUGGGAGCUGGCAAAGAAAUUUGAAGAACUUGAACAGCUGGAGAAGUUGAAGGAUCAGCUCUCAACUGAGGAAGGGUCAGAGGUGGCCUAUGCCUUGGAAAGUCUCUCAGCAUCCCAGCCCAAAAAACGCGCCUGCUUUUGGAAAUACUGCAUCUGAAGGCUUGCCAGGACUGGAGGAUGAAGUUGAGCCCUUCCCCAAACUGCCUUGCUGGGUAUUAAUGUGUUAAGAAUUUGUUCUGUUCUCGCAUCGUGCUGCUAACUUGGGUGCCAUCCUCCAUGACUGCACCACAGCCAGGUCUAACAGGAACCAUGUCAGGAGCUGGUAGCCCACUAUCACUCUCCAGUUCCUUCCAGGUUUAACCUACCAUGAUCUUCUACUUGGAAGAUGCUUCCCAACUUCCCUUGCUGUCCUGUAUGUGCCAUUUGUUCUGCUGCCACUGUACACUCUUCCCCUUCUCACCAGGUCUCCCAAGGCACCAAACACUAAGCCAGUUCCCCUGAGCUUGAGCUUCUGCCCGCAUCUGCAGAUGUUGUUCAUGGUGGUGUCUGGGUUUCCCUUUGCCUCCUAUGAGCAGGUCUAUGAUG